AUGCCUCGAGCCAUGAUGCCUUCGACGCCGUCUCCACCUCCGAGUAUUCGGACCCCUCCCACACCCAAACACGGCUUCAGCGACCCCUGGGAACCUUACUCCCCUCGAAAAUCCGCACGCAUUUCCGCCCAGCGCGCUGCAAACCGAACUCCUCCUCCACCUUCUUCUCUCGCCAAUUCAGAUCCAUUUGGCCCGACCCCGACCAGGAAGUCACGAACCCACGCCUCUUCCGUCGCUGGCAUAGUUUCCCCAUUCGAGUCACCCAAGAAAAAGCCUCGAACGUCCGCCGCCAUGGAUCCUAACUCUCUUUCCUACACCACCGGUCGCCUAACCGUUGAGUCUUCCUCCAAAGCCGCUUCGUCGCUCGGAUUCGAUCACGACAAGUCUUCUACCCAUCAAACCUCGACCACGACCAUCUCUCGUAGGACCGGAAUGCUUCCUACCCCCGCCAAGACGCCCAAGAAGGCUCCGACAGAGAAGAAUCCUGGAAUCCAGGCCAUCGCUCGAAACCUUUUUGCGACCGAAGAAGAAGUCAUGCCUAGUCCCCAGAAGACCCGCGCCAAGAAGUACACGGGCAUCUCGCUCGAGAGCUUUACCGCUGAGGACGACGAAGCGCCAAUUGAGAUUUUCACCGACUCCAAUGAGCGUAUCCCGCAAAAGGUCGUGAGCGCCGAUAACCCCUUCUACGGAAACGCUGGUCGAGAUGUCCAGGAGCCUGCUAGGCGCAGGAGCAAGCGUCACAAGGUUCACGUUCCCGGAGAAGGUCGCCAGACCAUUGAGGAAGCCAUGGAACGUGAGGAUGGACUAGUUUACGUAUUCCGAGGAAAGCGCUUUUUCCGCAAGUUCGCAGAGGCAGACCCCGCCGAUACCGAAGAUAACGGCGAGGAACGAAGCGGCUCCCCCGUUCGACGAAUGACGCGAUCUUCCAUUAAACCUCGUCUGCUCUUCCCCCCACAGCCUCAAGAACCGAGCGCCCUCGAGGAGGAAGAGGCCGAUACCGACGUUGAGAUAGAGCACUUAAAGAAGACGACCGAACCCCGCAAGAACCCUCGGCCUACUACUGUUGUGGAAGUGGUCGAGGAGUCCGAGACCCCCAAGGCUCCCCGUUUCUCGCCGAUUUCUCCUCCUGAUACGCGCCGAGUCACCCGAGCCCGAGAUAAGAAGUUCGACGAGCCUAACCCCGUUCAACGUCAAGGCAGGACUAGCCCGUUCGACUCGUGGCCUCGUGUUAAGAGCAGGUCGGAGAGCAGUCUACCCUCGAAACGACCCGGUUCGAGCCUAAGCUCCAGCACGGCCAAGAAGGCUCGCCCCUAG